AUGGCGGCUGCAGAAAAAGAUUUCUACAGCAACAGCCUUCUUCUUCUUGCUCGUUCUCUGGCCGCUCUAAACCCCACACCAUGGGAAAAGGUGGUCAGGUUGUUGAGCUUGUGUCCUCAAGUCACCCAAACACGUAGCAUCAAACUGGAUCAGAGAGGCCAGCAGGCUGUUACUGCACUGGGGCUGUAUCUACUUGAAUCAGGGUUACAGUACCAUGAGAAGAUUAUUGAGUACCUACUGAGCGUCCUGAAGGCUCUCCCAAAGGCACAGUGGAUUGAGGCAACCAAGUUGGAGAGCAAAGACAAACUGCCUGUCAGUGAAUGUUUCACAUUUUGUCUCUGCACUGUCCUGUCAGAUGUUGCAAGAGAAAACCAAGAACUUCAAGAGAAAAUUGUUUCAGCUCAGUUAGAGACAUUCCAGGCAUUAGCUAGAAUACUACAGAGCCCGAAUGAUGUCUCAAAACGUAAGUAUCUCAUUUUCUUCCAGGUUACAACAUAA